UGUUCUCGACGUCGCGUUCAUCGUAGGGAGCCAUUAGCCUCGUCCGCGUUAAGCAUCGUGCCAUAUUCCCAUUCGCGCCGUAAUACUAACAACAUUCUCGUAGUUUUAAGUGAAAUAUUAUGAGAGUGAAGACCGAAAUGGACGACGACGAAAAGGGAAAGCUGUUUGUCGGUGGUUUGUCGUGGGAGACAACACAAGAAAAUCUUCAACGUUACUUCGGUCGUUAUGGCGAAGUAAUUGACUGCGUUGUUAUGAAAAACAGUGAAUCUGGACGCAGUCGUGGUUUUGGAUUCGUGACAUUUAGUGAUCCAGCUAAUGUUCCAUUAGUUCUUCAGAAUGGACCGCAUCAACUUGAUGGGCGCACAAUUGACCCAAAACCAUGCAAUCCACGCACCCAGCAAAAGCCGAAACGCAGUGGAGGCUUUCCAAAAGUUUUCCUUGGUGGCUUACCAAGCAACGUGACUGAAACAGAUUUGAGGUCAUUCUUUACCCGUUUUGGUAAAGUUAUGGAGGUUGUCAUAAUGUAUGAUCAAGAAAAGAAGAAAUCGAGAGGAUUUGGCUUUCUCAGCUUCGAGGAUGAAGAUGCAGUGGACCGAUGCGUAGCGGAGCAUUUCGUCAACUUGAAUGGAAAACAGGUUGAAAUCAAACGUGCAGAACCACGAGAUUCUUCUAGCAAAAUGAAUGACAGCCAUCAAGGUCAAUGGGGACCACCUCAACAAGGUGGGCCUCCAAUGGGUAUGGCCGGGAAUAUGGGACCUAUGGGUGGUCCAAAUGGACAGAUGGGUGGACCUAUGAUGGGGGGUCCAAUGGGUCCACCAGGAAACAUGAUGCAGCAGUAUCAAGGUUGGGGUACCAGUCCUCAGACUGGAGGAUAUGCUGCUGGAUACACUACUCAAUAUAAUUCUCAAGGUUGGGGUGCGCCUCCUGGUCCUCCACAACAGCAACAAAUUCCACCACCACCACAUCAUCAGUGGGGUAGCAGUUACAAUGUCCAGCCUGCAGCAGCUACUCAAGGGUAUGGAAGCUAUGGUGGGCCGGCGGCCGCCGCUUCAGGGGGCUAUGGGCCCACGGCGGGUACUGGCGGGGCUGCGGGGGGCGGGCCCGGGGGUUCUUGGAACUCCUGGAACAUGGCACAAAACGGUCCUCCUCCUGGGACCCAGCCACCACCUCAGCCCCCUCAGCCUAACUCCUCGCAGCCCAACUCCAACUCGAACCCCUCUGGCCCGCAGGGUGACAUGUAUUCGCGACAGACCACCGGUUCAGGUGCACCUGGGUCCAGUAGCAGUUCAGCUAAAACUCCGGAUUAUACUGGGUACUCUGCAUAUGGUAAUUACGCUGACACCAGUUAUCCUCAGCGUUCGUAUCAAGGAGGAGAAAGCAACCAAGGAAAGUGGAGAAUGCAUCUGCCCGAGUUUAUAAAACGGAAGCGCCAAGGAAAAGAGGGUGUUAGGUUCUAGAAAUAUUGAUUUCAUUGAUCGCUCGCGACAACGGCCCAUGAUCUUAUUGGGUUUCAAAGGUACUGUGGAAACAAUUGAAACCGCACGUUUAAAACUGAUAAACAGAGAGGAAUAAAUAGCAAAAAAAAAGCAAGACGAACAAAAUACCAGGACAAAGAGUAAAUGGACACCCAUGGUGCAAGUAAAUUUUUGUAUGGCACUGGGAUAGAGGGUAGGAAGCGGAAUAUAGAAGUAUUAUAAGAGUUAGAUUGAAUGGAAUAAGUAAAAUAAAGCAAAUAAAACGAAAGCGAGUGUAAAGAAUAAGGGAAUGCUGAACAUUAAUUACUUACCAGCAUUUGAGCGGGGGAUGGAUGAAAUUUCGUUUUGAGAAAUUUCUUCUCAGUGGAUGGCACAAAUUUCGAUGCUCGUUCACCUUUUUGAUACUUUUAGUGAACACUUCGGUAAUUUGAAAAUAAGAAUAAUUAAAUAAAAGAAAUAUUAUAUUACGGUCUGCAGUGCAAGGCCAAUGAAUGACUUUUGAGACACCCGUCCCUCCACGAUCUCGUAUUUAUUAAAAUAAAUAUGCUGGAACGAAGGGAAAUGAAAACGUAAUGAGUAAUUAAUGAAAUAAUUAAGUAAGGUGUUCACACAGGCUGACUUAUAAUCUAAACUACAGAGAUAGUGUAAAAUAAAUAGAUCCUUUUAAUAUGAUGUAUGUAUAUCUAUAACUUUAUUGACAGCAGGCUGCAGUUUUCUUAAGCAUGUUUUUUUUCUCCUUUCCUUUUUGUUUUAUUAUUUUCACGUUGUAUCUCUAAUACUAUACAAUAUGUUAGGCAUAUUGACGAUUAGUUCCUUUUUCUUUUAUUCUCUUUCACUUGUGACUUUUUCUAAUCUAAAUCUGGUCCUUUUCCGUUUCCAUGUAUCUGAAAAAAGUUUAUUGUUUUUGGAGGGAAGAGGACGAGAAAGGAAGCGAAAAAAAAGAUAUCGAAUUUUUUAAUGAAGAUUAAAAAAAAAAAAGAAAAUUUGUAUAAUAAGAACUUUUGAAUCGUUAGACACGUUUCUGUACGGUCGUAUUGCAUCAAAUAUGGAAACUAGUUUAUUUUUUACCUCGGAUUUAUAAUAGUUAAUUAUUAGGCACCUUUAAGACUACAAUUAUUGUUACUAUUAUUAUUACUUCUAUGAUAAUUAUUACUAUUAUACUACUAUUAUCAUUAUGAACUAUUUACAGCUAUUUAUCACUAUUUACUGUUGCGACUGCUCCUACUGCAACCAUUAUGAUUGCACUACUAUACACGCUAUUAUUACUGUCUAUGAUAAUUAACAAAUAUUGUACGAUGAUGCUUAUAAGUGUUUAAAUUCUAGAUGAUUAGAUAUGAAAGAGAUCAUGAUAUCUGCUGGAUGGAGGGAAGGGUAUUUGUAAUUUGUGCGGUGUACUCGGCGGGGGGCGUCGAUCUGAAAAGUCUACCUGAUUAAAUAUAUGACUUAAUUGUAUUUACUCUGUAGGAUUUACCAUAGUUCUAAACAAGGAAUAUUUCGGAAGAAUGCUCUCAAAUGCUCAUGUUUAUUACUGAGCGAGUCGCGUUGUGUCUUACUUUGUCAAUAAGAAUUGCAAGUAUUGCGCUAAUGUAAUUUUAAAUUUUUUACGAGGUCACACUAUAAUCAGUAGGUUACAAUUAAUAACGGAUCAACAAUUUGCGUAAGCUUCCUCACUAUUGAUCUCAAUACGAUUUAGCUUUUUCUUUCCCUUUAUGGCAUCUGUUCUUUCUCUCGUCAAAUUGUCGUAACUUUAACUACUUUUUUUUUCGUUUCUACAUUUUUUUUUUUUUAUUAUUUCAGCUUGCCAUAUUUCUCGUAACACACAAAUUCGUAAUAAGCGGUGCGAAUUUUUUUUGUGUAUGUCAUUGAUCGACUUUGAAAUCAAUUAACUCCUGUACUUAUCCUCCGCAUUGUCUAUUUAAACUGCUCGUUACCAUUUUCGGAUUCGAUACGUUUAAUUAACAGUAUCGCGUAGCAUCGUAGAAACAGAGAUAUGUAAAAGUCGAUGGGAUGAUGAGAAAGCAUUAACAAACGCGACUCGUCGAAACUUCUGGGAUCAACGCAAUAACACAUUUACUGACUAAACUAAAGACAAGAAAAGACGAGUAGGGAGCUCAAUCAAAGUAAAACCACCUUUUACACUAAUUAUUAUGGUAAUUACACGAAACACGUAAAACAUAACCGUACUCUCAACAGAUACACACGUAACACGUACACUUCUACGCGCAUAAAGAAGUAAACUAAUUAAACAGAGGCCACAAGUUAUUGAACAUCCAAAUAAUAGUAAAUUAAUAAGAUGCUAAAAGUAGAUAAUGAAAAAAAAAAGAAUUAAAAUGAAAGGGCGAUGACUUUGUGGUUGUACUAAAUAAUACAUUAUUUAAUACCUACUUGAGAGGCAGAGAGCGAGAGAGGGAGAGAAAGAUGAGAGAGAGACUGUGAGAGCAGCAAAUUUAAAUAGCGAGAGAGAGAGAGAAAGUUUUUAUCUUUACGGCUGUUUUUUCAGAACUUAUUUUAUAAAGUAAUAUAAUAAAAGAACGUAAAUGAAAAAGCCACUAGUAUAUCGAUUAUGAUUAUAAUUAUUACUACUAACUAUUGUAUUCCUUACUAUUAUCGAUUUUUAAAAUAAAGUUAAAGCGUAUAAAUUUAAAGGAUUUUUAAGUGUAUGCAAAGCGUUAGGAGAAAGUGAUCAUAAUAACAUUUGAUUUAUAGACGUAUUAACGAUAUAAUUAAUGUGUUUGCUGGAAUCGGUAAGCCAGGUAAAUUAAUUUAUAUUAUAAUUAACGAGUCUCAGAGGGAUGAUUAAAUUACUCUAGUACGAAGGGACGGGAAAUGUGAGGGAGAAAAAAAAAAGUAAAUAAUGACACAAAGUUAAAUGGCUGCCUUGCCGCACUUGUAUAUACAUAUAUUUUAGGGUACGCUGGAAAAGUAUAAUAUCGAGAUAAUAAGCGAAAGUGGUAGCAAUGGAUUUGAAAAAAAUACACACAAAAUGAUGACGAGAAAGCGGGACUAUUCGAAUAAUUGACAAUUAAUAAUUAUAACAGAUAAUAUAUUUAUAUUUAACGCGAUAUUAUUAGUAUUUUUCAAUACAGAAAUAAUGCAUCUAAUUAACGUAAUAGGUAGCAAAUAGGGAAAAAUACUUUGAUUCUAGCUGUUGUUACUAUCUGUCGUAAUUUCGUCGUUUUUACGAAUUACGACUUGCUCUCAGGGUUGUUACUGUCUUUUUUCCUCUUUUAUCUUUUAGUCUUCUACCUUUUUCAAUCACUUUUUUUAAUAUUCUCCCUGUCUAAGAUUUCACUUCCUGUUAGAAUCUUUGAAAAUGAUUGUAUUUAUACUUUUUUAGGUUGGUAUCUUAUUUCUCUUCUCGUUAUGUCUUUUUUUUUUUGUUAAUUCUUUUUUGUUAAAUAAAUAGGCACUGAACUCAGUAUUUGAAGGAAGCAUUCUCAAAUGUUUUUUUUUUUUUUUUAAAUCAUUUUAUGGGCGGUGUAAUGCGGAAAAGGAUGGCUUUUGCUGUAAAAUAUUUAUUGUUGAUUCGUAGGACUGAAACACUUUUUAUUUCAUGUAGAGAAGUAAUAAUUGUACAUUAAGGUUUAAGUAAUGGGAGGCGGGAGAAAAUCACAUACAGCUAGAUUUAAUUCUUCGUUACUUUUAAGACAUUACCAACAGGGAGAGUAAAAGAAACAAACAAUUCAACUUUAUAAACAAUGUUAGAUGUGUAAUUUUUACAAUUUUUACACUUUUGCAUGUUUUAGUAUUUUCCCUCUACUUUACCGAAUCAUUUACUAUUUAAAUAAUCUUGCUGUCUGUUUCGCGUAUUGAAAUAAUAAGAUAAUGUUUAUUCAUUUGUUCAUGCAUUUCAUAAAUUCGUUUAAUCAUUGUCUCUUCUAUGUAUUUUUUUUCUUGUUUUGUCUUUGCGAGGAAUUUCUUAAAGAUAUAUAAUAUAUUUAGUUAAUUCACCGUUUGCCUUAAUUUAAUUAGAUAGUGCACGCAUUCAAUAUUUUUAAUAUAACGAACUUAGUUUGCAAGGUAAUUAAAUAAUAAAAAAGAAAAAGAGUUAAGCAUUGAAUAUUUAAAGAUGAGAUACGAUAAAUAUAUUAUAAUUCCGGGGGCGUUACAUGUCUGUUUUUAACGUUAACACAUACUUGACGUCCCGCUCACUGAAGACUGGUCAUUAUAAUUAAAUGUUAUACUUAAAUAACUUACUAUUCAUAUUGUAAUUUAUACAAGAAACAGUUUUUAUCGAUGAGUUUAUCUUGUACUUUUAAUGGAUAUUUAAUGUAAUUAGUUGGUAUCACAACGACGUAUUGGCUAUUGCAUUUCUACACGCUUAUUAUUGUAUUUCAAUUGAUUCUUCUAACACAUUCGCAUUUUUCCCCCUCUUGUUUGUUGGCUUAGUAGGCGAGAAAGAACAACGUCGAAAUUCGAUAAUAGAGUACAUAUAUUUGCCACGAAUCAAAACGGCACGAAACUACGUGGGCAUUUUUCCAAGUUGUAAGGAAUAACGUUCGGGAAAGAUCUGUUGGUCGCACGACAAUGUAUUUUUAACUUUCACGUUGAAAUCAUUUUUAACUAUCAUUCAAAGCACAAAUUCCAUCGAUGAUAGGUAAUAACCAAAAAGAAAGUUAACCACUGCCUGAGCUUGUUCCUUGUCUAUCAUCGGUUUCGUUGCAUGAUCAGUUAACGGCCCCAGAAUUUUGUAACUUUUCGAGCUGUUGCCAAUUGUAUCUUAAAUAUUGCGAGGCACAAAGAAAAGCAACAGAGAACAGAACAAAUGAAACGUCGAUUAAAGUUGAAAAUUGUUUAACACUCAGUUGAUCGCGUUCGAAUGAAACGAUAAGAGAAAGCUAGGAAAGGGAAGAAUGGACGAGUUGUCAUUGGUGUAGCAUUCAGGUAGUGCAAUGAUUUCGGUAUUACACGAAAAGGUAGGCGGAAUACACGUGAUUUCAGAUAGGAAGGAAAAACACGAAAUAGAACAAAAUUAAAUAAUAAGGAAGGGAAUGUGUGUCAUAUAUGUAUAUGCAUAUAUAGACGUACAUACACUGUUAGAGACACACGAGUACACUGGUACACACCGUGAAUAUUCUAAAUUACGUUUACAGUAGAUGCAGUUAAGGUAUUAAAUUCUAAUUCUGCAAAGUGAUUUUCUGCGCGCCUGUUAGGACGACGUAAUUGUUGUCGAAAAAGGAAACUAAUUAAUAAUAAUAAUAAUAAUAAAAAAAAGAGAGAAACCUGUAUAGUAGCGAAGGGAAAACGUAGAAAAUUAAAGGGAAAAACAAAAAAAUUGAGGACACUUCAAGUUUUACAAUAAGAGAGAGACAGGUAGAGAGAAAAAUUCUAAAUGUACUACGUUUAUGUUAAGUACCCUGCUAUAAGCGCGAAAGAAAGAAACUUUAUAUCGACGUAUAGAUGGUGUAUAGGCGAACCGUUUAACGACACGUUGUGUGCGCAAGAAAAAUCGACACGUGUACACACACUCAUCGACACACAUGUUCACACACCACUCCACACUACUACAUUAUAAAAUGCUUCACAUUCUGAGACUAAGGGCUUUGGGAGGGAGAGAAUUCGAAAAAGAAAGAAAAAGGGGAGGAAAACGUUUCUAGAGAUUCUUAACGAAACCGUGAGUGCAUUAGCGGAUUGGAGAAACGAUCGAAUAGGAACGACUAAAUAAUAAUAAGACUUGUUUCUUCCUGAAAUGUUACACGAGAGAGCCACUAACCGCAAAAGAAAAAUUCAGCAUGAACGAAAAGUAGAAAAAGCAACAAACAAAAGCAGACACACAAUUAAACAAUAAAGAAAACGGGAGAAAAACGAAAUUGAUAUAUCUUUAUUUCGCUGGAGAAAAAUGAAACAAACGAGAAACGAUUAUCCGCUUUAGUGAAUGGAAUUCCUACAGUUUGGAAUGCUUUGUCUCGCAUUGAACGAACGAGAAUCGAUCGAUCUACUUUUAUCAUAUUUUAGUGUGAAGUAUAAGAUAAAAUAAACGUAAAGAAAUGAAAUAAAGUCGACGAUGACGAUUGUAACGAUAAUAAAUGAAAUUGUUAACUGUAAUAACAUGACCUGUAUACUUGUAACUUUUAGCAUUAUAUUGGUAAGAUCGUGCCCCCCUGUACGAGACAAACGAUUAGAAUAUUUAUAGUGGAACGAUAGAUAAAUGUGAAACGACGACGAAGAAAAAUAAGGAAAUAUGAUUAAAUGAAAAUGAUAUAUGUUAGUAAGAUUACGGUCGCAUCGGCUGCCAGUCGAGAAAAGUAAACGGCCUAGCCGAUGUGACUAUGAAACGGCGAAAAAGUAAUACGUAUCCAUGUUCAUCAUGUUUUACCUCAGAUUUAAGGAUACAUUUAAGGAUCUUUACGCUCGCACGCUUUCUGUCCAUCUCAUUCCCAGUGACCUAGGCUAGAAAAAAACUCUCUGUACCGAAUGGAGUGUACGACUUUUCAAUCGUGUUAAACGAAUAACACGCUGUCAAGAAUUUCAAACAAAAAUUUCCUUAGCUAGAAAAAAUUGCACGGAAAUUUCUUUUUUCGAAAUAUGUGUAUCCAUAAUCCAGACGAAGUCGAACACUCCAUUAUCAGCACAGUAGCAGUAAAAAAUAUAUAUAUAUAUAUAUACAUACAUAUAUAUAUAUACACACACCAGGCCAAAGCGCAUUGUCUCUACCUUUAAGAAUUCUCUUAAGGAAGAGUCUAAGAAACUAGAGUUGUAGAAUCAAGAAAGAGAGACGAAAGAAGUAAAAAAAAAAGAAAGGAAAACAGGACAGGAUAAAGAGAGAGAGGAAGGAAAGGAAUAAUUAUGUAGGAGGAGUAAGCACGAGAAAAAGAAAUUAAGAGCGAAAAAUAUUACAGAUUGAGAGGGAGAGAGAGAGAGAGAGCGAGAGAGAGAGCGAGAGAAGAUUUUUUGUCGCGGUGAACAUUAUAAUAUUAUGCGCGUUUACUGAUAAUAACGAUUUAAUGAACGAUGAUUGAUUAUUAUUAUUAAUUACUAUUAUUACACACAAUACAGAGAGUGGAGAUGUUGAGAGAGAACACAUGUUUACAUACUAUUCUGUAUAUAUACACGUAUAUAUACAAUUUUUUAUAUAUAUGUAUAUAUAUUCCAAAUAUAUAUGUAUAUAUACAUAUAUAUGAUAUAUAUAUUAUUCAUUGCAACAUAUAUGUAUGUACACGCACUCGUAUGUCUGCUCGUGUAAAUGUAUAUCUUUUAAAAAAGCAGGACAAAAUAUAUCGAUAUAGGGGCGUACGUAUUUCUUUUUUAAAAAAAAGUUAUGUACAUUUUGCAUGCACAGCCAUUCGUGCAUGCGUAAUGUCGACAUAUUAACGUCUAUGUAUACCACAUAUAUACACUUCUGUACACACUACAAUUUUCUUCGAUCUGCUUUAUUUUUCUUUUUUUGUUUUGAUUCUACUAUUGAGGGAAAAUGGCUGUAUAAAAAGAAAGAGGGAAGGUGGUGGGAAAAAUCAUUGAAAAAAAAAAAGGGAAUUUAACGGUUGAUAUUCAGACAUUGUAAUUCGGAACGGAAGAAGAACAGAUGAGAUAAGCAAAUACGUUAUUAGUCUUAAUUAGUUGUGAAUAAAGAAAACAAAAGGGGAAGGUAAUGGACGGAGAGAGAGAGAGAGAGAAAGAGAGAAAAGGAGAGGAUGAGAAGAAUAGAAGAAACGUGUUCGGUAGGGAGAGAGUGAGAGAAAAGUGUAAGAUUGUGUGCGAAAGAGAGAGACAGAGGGUAAAUUAAUUAGUCUUUAAUUAAACGGGGAGGAAAGGGUAGCAAAUUGCAUUCAAAAUAUACACAUUUUUUUCGAAGCAUGUAUUACGUCUCGAUAAAAACAAAUAUUUUUAUCUUUCUUUUCUUUUCUGUACAGAUACAUUUAAUCGAUUUGCGCAUUGCCGUGUUAACUAUAGUUUUAGCUUUUAGUUAAUUCGAUAACUCAACUAUUUCUUGGAGACUGAACGUAGUCUUUAUCUUCCUAAACGAUAUUUAACGGUGGGGUGUACGCAUGGUUCGAUCGAUAAAGUCAAGUUGGGUGGUGAGUUAUUCAGCCGAGUCGUAUUAUUCGAUUUGUUUUCGUUGUGCUAACGAGACACGAUUACAAUUCACAUUCAAAUGUAUAGUGCUUGAAAACAGCGUAUAUAUGUGUAUGUAUACAUGCGCAACAUUGUCUAUGAAACAUGUGGGAGUCAUUAAUUUUCGCAUGCGUAGCACAGAAGUCGACAAAGAAAAUUGGGUAAAUACUACAUAAAUAUAUAGAGAGGUGUGUGGGUUUGUUAUUACGAUUCGCUAUUUUUCAAUUGCUGCUACUUUUAUUAUUGUCAUUGCUGUCACUCCAUAGUAGAAUUUACUUACGUAGUAGUUGUUGCUAAUGCUAUUAUUACUCUUCUACUUUCCUCACAACUAAGAUUAUCGCUAUUCACUUGUGCAAAUAUUGCUUUUCCUUUUUUCAUAUUUUAAUCUAACUAUUUCCUAAUUUUCUUGCUCUACUGUCCUUUUUCGUCAGGGUUACAUGAUUUUAUGUGUUAAAACUACAAUAGAAUAUCAAUGACUAAUGGUCGUAUCUAGCAACAAAGGUUCGUAAGGUCGACUAUAUAAAAAUAUAAAGAUCAGAUAUGCAUCUUGUUGGUCGUCACAUUUACAUUCUCGUCCGAUUCGUAUGACCGUCACGUUCGUCUGAACGUGUACCAUUUACUUUCCGAAACGACGUGAUAAGUUGAAAGAUAAGAGUAGUUAUAAAUCAUGUUAAUAGGUCGAAUUGUUAGCAGACAGUGGAACGAUCCGUAAAUUUCUUUUUUUCUUUUUUUUUUUUUAAAUAAAAUGAUAAAAAGAGGACAAACCGAGAGAAAGGGAGAGAGAGAGAAAGAAAGAGUGAGAGAGUGAGAGAAUGAGAUUUUUGGUAUCAGAAUAAAAGCUGCUAGCAAUUUCUGUAAUCUACUACCGUUUGGAUACAAUUUACUCGCAAGCAUCAUCUUUUUAGAAUACUUUUAGAGAUAAUGAAAAAAGAAACAAACGAAAAUGGAACGCAAGAGGGAUACUCAGAUGUUUUUUAAUCGUUCUUAAGGAUUUGUCGAAUAACAUAUACCUCAUUGUAACUAAUGAACCGUGAUUUUCAACGAGGCGCCAGCUGCUUCUUUUUUAUUCCUGGAGUUCCUAAACGUGUCGGUCCUUUCGUAAUAAGUCCUUCGCUCGUUAGCUGAUAUCGCAGACAGCCAGGCCGUCGAUUUUCGUCGACCAUUACGUUACGUGUUACAUACAAUUAAAUGGUAUUAUUCCACUAAAGAUGUAAAUUACUAACCGCUAAGGAAUUAACGUGUUACGAGAUUUUUCACACUAUAGUUAAGCAUAUUCACGCAGACACACAGAGACAGGCACGUCCGCAUUCAUUCAACGCCUCUUUCUAUGAUACUUCCGCGAUCGUGAGUUACUAGACAAAUCAAAAGAAAUAAUCGAGUAGCCUGUAGAAAUUUUGUACAGUCGAACGUUUGUUCAGUCCAUAGAUUAACGCUUAACGUCAGUCUCUCAGAUCACGUAUAUAAUCGUAACGAUAGGUUAGUUUUCUUUCCCGUUUUCUCUUUCUAUUUUCUCAAAAUAACAGCCAAGUCCGAGAGAUCGAUGUUACGGGUUAAGAAAAAGAAGAAAUCUCGACGUUUCAGACUGAAACUCUCUAAGCGAUUAAGAAUAGUUAUUACUCUCGCCUUGAUUUUCACGCAUUAUUUGCAGAACCGGCGAAGAGAGAUGCUAUGGUAGCUCACGAUUAGACCGUUCAAUUUUAAGUAAGUCAGCCUCUAAGCAAUUCGGGACCCGAAAGAAACGUUUUUCGAUUAAGUACUAGUUAAUUAUAAUACGUAAUUAAUUCCUAGGGAUAUCGUGAUCGGGCAGAAGUACAACGUUAAAAAAACGACUGAAUCGAAUGGAUUAAAAAGUUGGGUGCAGAUUGCGGGGAUUACAUAUGACUGGGGGGGUGGGGUGGAGAGUAGAAUUUUUCAAUAAGAAAGAAUCAUGAACGAAGCCUUAAAAUGCAGAUAAACAAAAAGAAAAACGGUACUUUUACUCUUCGUAUAGAAAUCUACUGGUUAAUAUACUUAGACGGUACGUCCAGAUCAGAAAGAUACAAAACUUGUUAGAUUGUUAUUACUGAUAUUAAUCGAUUAAUUGAUUAAUUAAUUAAGGGAUUUAACGUAAUGGUUUAUUAUCGAAUUAAACAAGCAACCGUUCUCUAGUUGGAUACGCAGAUACGUAUCUUUCUAUCAGCUGAAUUCGUGUCGGAAUAAGUUCACCCUUGCAUUUAGCAUUCGUAAUGACGAGUGCCGCCGCGACAAACGUGACCGUCAUGCGACCAGAAUUUCUAUGAUAUUCAAUGUGCUCGAAAUAGUAAAUGUGACGACAACGGAGGACAUUUUUCCGUUUUUAGGCUUAGGCAUAGUUCAGUGAACUUGGACAGGUCGCGAAAAAAGAUACAGAAUAUAAUAGAAUGUUGAAGAAUUUGUACACACAAGCGUACUUUGCUUGAACUUAAUUAGAAGACCACGUUACCCUUAUUAGAGACAAGUAUGCAUAUAUCUGUACACCGUUCGACUAUAAAAUCGACAUAAUCGACGGUAUAAAACGAGAUUCGAUAAACACGAUAGGUUUUUACGAGUCUUGUAUGCGCAUGCACUAAUCCUUUUACCAUAGAAUUAACUGUUUGUACUUUAACGAGUAAUAUUUAAUAUUUCGAUGUGCAUCUAUCAAUAUACGUGUGUACGUACGUACGUAGAAAAAGAGAAAUCGCGAAGAUAAAUAGAAGUUUCCGUGUAUAAUUAUAACUUAAGGAAAACAACAAAAUAUUAACGAGAGAAUAAAUCAGGGCCGGCUGGUGGUUGGAACGAAUUUUCGAUAACUCUGUCUAUCGUAGCACGUGUUUAAGAUUCCAUAAUUUUAUUUGCUAAGAUGUUAAUUUUAACGAUGGAAAUUAGUUAUCUGAUAAUAGUUGCUAAUUACGUUUGAGUCCUGACUGAAAAAUAUGCGAGUACAACUAGCUUCGAACAUAAGCAAGGCUGAAACGAAUGAAAUUGACUUUGCUCAUUCCAAGAAUGUCGAGUCCUAUGAAACGGUCCUAAUAAGACUGACGCUCUCGGACAAAACGAAAAAUAACCAAAAAAAAAAAAAACAAAAUAAAUAGAGGAAUAUCUUAGAUGAAACAAAUCGUAAAAAGUAAAAGUAAAGAUAUGUUGUAUCGUCAAAACGAUUCCUACGGUAAGUCUUAAUUUUCGCGUUUAAAAGACCAUACUCUUUGCUUAUUUAAUCAUUACGGUACUUUUUCGCUGAGCAAAAUACGUCCAACGACCACUGCCCUUUAAAAGGAAAACAGCUUAAGCAAAGAGAGGACCCUUUUUUCGCGUAGGUUAACGAAAAAUUCUUCAAUCUGAGAUUCUCAGAAAUGAAUAUCGAAAAAGGAGGCGAGGGUUCGUGUAAAGAAAAAAGAUGAUAAGAAGAAGAAGAAGGGGAAAAACGAAGAACGAAAAGAUGAAAAAAAAAAAAGAAUUGUAAAUCAGUGUUAAUUAUUCGAACUGAAAGGAAGCGCCUCUGCUUUUUCUCCUGCGAACGAUACGUCGAUUUGGAAAUAUUGCCGUGUCACUUUAGGCUUAGGAUUAUUAAACGUGAAACAAAAGGGGGAGGGGACGUCGAUGAAACUAUUAAAGGUAAAAGAAGUGUCAAAGUACUGCUACGAUUUAUCAAACUAUUUACUAUUUACGACUAGUAACACUUAAACAAGGAACCAUACUGUUGUUGUUAUUAUUUUCUAUUGUAAUUAAUUAAUUAUCACGAAUUACAAUGGCUUUACUAUUUUCUUGAAUAAAUGCCUAUAUCUACAGCUUCUCGAGCGCGUUUCAGCGUAGCUUAAGUUUAUAUCAGAAGAGGAGAAAACGAGGGAAUGAGCGGUUGAUUAAAUCAUUCGACAGUGAGAUUGUAUGGCAUGGAGAGUAAAAAUGGCGGAGAACGAGAUAUGGCGAGAUGGAGGGUGAACGAGUUAAAGCGAGAAUGAGACGCAAUUUGAUUGGUGUUUCGCGAAAGAAUGUGAAUGAACGAACGGGAACGAAUCAUUUUAAGAAAGUGGAAAAGUGUGGACAAAGGAAGAAAGAUGUAAAAGAAAAAGUGAAAAAUAAGAUGAGUAUGAAAACAGGCUGCAGCUAACGUAACAAAUAGGAGAAGACGAACGGGUAGUUAGAUAAAUAAGGGUAGUAAGUGAAUUUAAACAGAGAAUUAUUAUAUUUAACGCACGAGGUGCUGACGAUCAGGCCCCGCGGACACAAAAUCCUCGAAGUAUUAAUUAAAAGUGGACGCCGUUUUUAAGGUUAUUAUCGACUAUCAUGUUUAUUAUAUUAAAUAAUAGUUAAAGGCUAUCUAACGUUUAACGGUCUAGUUUACACGAUAAAUGAUUACAUGGAAACUUUACCUCUGCCUAAGGAUAGAUUGUACGAAUCGAUUUAACGAGAAAAUAAGGAAAAAUAAAAUGACGAUAAGACAAAAAGUUGUAGCUGGUUAAGAGCGAAUCGAAAAUAAGAUAAGUAAAUAAUGAAAUAGAAUUUUACGGGGAGGGGGGUUGAUCAAUAAAUACUCGAAAGUACACCAAAAGUGCUACCAGGGGAAAUGGGAACCGGUAUAUUCGAGCGAUAGGAAAUCGUGUUAUAGUCCUAAAGGAGAAGAACAGAUAACGUUUGUUUUACCUUUCCGUUUUACCGUCGUCGGACGAGAACAUUUACCGAUUCCUCUCUUUAAUUCUUUUCUUCUUUUUCUUCACUUUUCAGUCGUAGAAUUUUUCGUUUGCCACGUUUGUAUCCUGUCGUUAUCUCGCUGUUGCUUUGUUAUACUUCGAUGCUGCUUUCGAACGUUUACGUAGCGUUUCGAUAAAACGGCAGGCUCUUAGAACGUGUCUUAAAAGCGUACGGCCGUUAGUCGUACGAUUCUAGUAAUCGUAAAAAAUAAAUGAAAAAAAAAAAAGAAAAAGAGAAGGAAGAAAGGUCGACACUCGGCGGAGAGAGUGAGAAUUGUGUGAAUCGAGCGCGUAUAUGCAUAGACGUGAGAGUGCAUGAGGGAAUCCGGACAACGUUGUAGGUAAAUCGAUAUAAUUAUUGAUUAAGGGAUAAGUUGUGUACAAAUGUAUUAUAAAUUAAUGAUUAUCCUCAGAGUACCUUAAACACAGAAAGAUGAGAGAAAACGAGAGAGAAAAACGAAGCUCACCUUUGACUUAAACACACAUACAUACACACAAUAUUACGUAGAAUUUUCUCCCAAACCUCCCCCGUUUUUAUACGGUUGGGCCUUUUUGGCUGAGGUCGCGAAUACUUUUUCAGGCCGUGCUUUUAUGGGGAUGAGGCAAAGCGUAGGAUCAAUACUUAAGGUAUCCAUUAAUUAUCUAAUUAAUUAAUUAAAGCGUAUAAACUUGACAUAAGAGAAAACCGUUGCUUAGGGAAGUAUUAAAAUAGAGAGCGAAACGAAGAUAUUUUUAAUGAAACAAACAAAUGCCAACCAUUGUGUUCUCGUGAGAAUCAUAAUUGUUCCGUAACUCUUAAGUGAAAAGGAAAAAUCGCGUAUCUAAGUCGUUAAUUAGUCGUUGUAAUUUUAAUUCUUUUGUUAGAAAGCAAAUUGUAAUAAAAGGGUGUACGAAAGGUCAGGGAGAGAGAGACUGAGAGCGUUGUUAAAUUGCCGGUUAAUUGGUUAAUUGGAUGAGGAGGGGAGAUAAUAAAAAUGAUUACAAGAGCAGAGAGUGACGAAUGUUGACGAAUGAGAGAUGGAUGGAUAUUACGGUAUAUAGUACGAGGAAUGAAUCGAGAGCCGACGAAAUUAAGUUUACGAGAAAGCAAAUCAUAAAACGAGCAUGGAUCGCUGGUGACUGCAGAAGAGAGAAUCUAGUGACAUAGAGGAAACGAUUGUUGGAAAGUUUCAUGGACACGAGAGGGAGAGAAAGGCAAACAGGUGCGAAUGGGAUUAGCGUGGAAGUGGCGAGAGGAGAGCGUGUAGAGAUAAAUUUUCGACGUUCAAACGACAGAGACACACAGUGCCGCCGACAAGAUUUCUAGUAAUACAAAGAACAUAGUUUGUACGCGAUGUACAAGUGGCACCGUUUGGUGCCGAACCAGGUUUAAGAUUUGCCAAAUCUUUGAUAAGUAAAGAAAAAAAAACGUUAAAAUAAAAAGAUAAAAACACGCGAGACAAUGUAAAAGUUUAUUAAGCUGCAUUACGUAUAUAGUGCAUAGGAAGUACUUGCAUUAAAAGAAUCAUAGCUAAACUGUUAGUGCUUAAAACGCGACGAUGUGAUGAAAGUGCCGACGCAAUAUUUCCAAAUCGUAUCAAGAGAAAAGAAAACCUCCCUAACCACCUGAAAUUUUCAUCAGAAACUUUUUCCAAUAAUUAGAUCCGGCAUUACGAAACUUUCGAGGUAAAUCGAAGACGAGCUGAACACAGAGGUGAUUGUUUUCCUCCUCAUCCCAUCAGGAUCGUUUCUUAUUAGUGUACGGUUGUUUGUCAGUUGAUUUGAUCGCGAAUUGUAAAUUUCGUUCUAUGAUAAUGUAUGUAAAAUACGCGACACACGGUGAGCACAAGGGAAAGGAGAAAGGGACAGAGACUAACGAAAAUUUCGGAGAGUAGCUUAAUAGCGGAUUAACGAUCGUUAUCUAAUUUUAGCGACAUUAGUUAAUCUGAUAAGAAUGAGGGAGUGAUUGGCAAAGAAUAGGGCACGAAUGUCGUCGUCGCGUGUAGGUCCUUGGAUCGAUGGAGGUACACAGAUUUGAUAGUCUGUAGAUUUGAUAGUUGCGCAAUGUUGAUGGAACAAAUCUCACACACGUGAAGCUGAAACAAAGAAAUACACACACACAACACAACAUCCCUUGUCACGUGUGUGAUUUGGCAACGAUAUGAGAGAGGAAGUAAAAAAUCAGCUGCGUAAAUCUUGCUAUUUGUCCGAUAGAAUUGGGGUAGAAUGAGGGAACGGAUAAAACGAGGAAAAACGAACGAUAGAAAAGGUAACGCGAACAUGGUUGAUAAUGACAUGGAGCGGAAAAUCGUCAAAGCAUCGAAGAGUGUGCAUGAUCAUGUGUGCAUGAAUAUUUUCAUUCAAGAGGAAAGAAAGAAAGAAAAUUCUCCGAGUUUGGUGUUUAAUAUUUUCCGUGUGCUGUCAGAGUAAUACGAGAAAGGGUUAACCAUAGAAGGAGAUUCAUUAAGAAAGGUUUAAAUUACGAUAUCAAAAACGUUGUCAGGCAGGUCCAAUUGGGGAGGGCACAAUUUCUAUUUGUAAAUUGCCGAUUUCUGCUUUAUUUUCACUCGAUGAAUAUAUCCUUUUAUAAUUGUGUAACGUUUCACUUCUACCUGCUCUCCUCACUCCCAAAAUGACACAUAAAAACAGUAUCACUACUAUUGCUACUGUACUAUUACUAUUACUAUUACUAUUACUAUUACUAUUACUGCUACUACUAUUACUAUAUUGUAACUACUACUAUUAUUAUUAUGAUUAUUAUUAAUUAUUAUUGAUUAUUGUCAUUAUUACUACUAUUAUUAUUAUUCAUUAAAUACACACAUACACAUAUAUAUAUAAAUAUAAAUAAAUAAAUAAAUAUAUAUAUAUUAUAUAUAUAUUAAUAUACUUAACGGUGUUUCUAGUGGAUUAAUUGAUUAUUGAUACUUAAGAUAUUAUAUUAAUAAUAUUAAUAUAACGAUUAUAAUGAUGAUAUAUAUAAUUAUAUAUAAUUAUAUAUAAAAAUAUAUGAAUAUAUAUAUAUAUAUAUGAUAUACUGAUGAUAAGUUGAUAUGCUGAUAAUUAUUAUGAUAAUAAUAUAGAAGAAAAAGAGUGGAUCAUUAUUCGUAAAGUACAUACUGGUAUAGAUUAUGAGGAUGAUUAAAUAGAAAAUGAUAUUGAUGAAAAAAAACAAAUGAAUUUUGUCAAUCGAAUCCAAACAAUCUCUUCCUUCGUUUUAAAGUCAUCUGUUUUUCGUAUUAUUAAGUGGUUAAUCUUAGAACUUUUAUUUUAUCCAAAAGGUUGAGAGACUUAAAACACUGCACAGUUUGAUAUUGUUAUCAUUAGAUUAUCUAUUCCCGUUUUUUAAUAACCGUGAAUUAAUUACGUAAGAGGAAUGUAUGCAACUCUAAACAAAAUUAGAAAAUAUUUUGCGAAUGAAUGAGCGCGCGAAUGAAAGCGAGCAUGCGAGUGCACGUGGAAGUUCCUUUUUCGCCCAAUUGUUUCGGUACUCACGCCUUUCCGUCAUUCGCUCAAACAGUUGUUGAAAUAGAAUUGUUAUUCUAAACUAGUUCCUUCUACUUUCUUUUUGUCGCUUCUGUUUUGCAAUUAGCUUUUAGCAACAACUUCCGUUUUUCGAAAUCAUUUCGUUUGUGAAAGUUCCACGCGAAUUUUGGUUGCUGGUUCCUCUUCGGUCCUAAUUCAACUGUUUUUUUUUGUACAAACUAAAAUAUUCUUUUUAUCCGGUACUAUUCGAACGCAAACGUAAAUGAUUUUGUUGUAUAGGACGGAAUUACAGAGGUGGUCCACUAUUUCAAAGAAUAUUUUUUAAAUUCCUUUUCUUUACUUUUUUUUAAUAUCAUUGACGUAAGUAAAGAAACGGUGGAGACGAGCUUUUCAUUGGUGCAGUGUUUUAUGCGCGUCCCAACGUAUCAGUUCAUUACAUCUCGAAACUGAGCUUGAUAAAUGUAUUCACUAGAUUAAAAAUAUAUCAUGUAUACUCUCUUA